AUGUUGGUUGCUUUACUUUGCAGCCUCGCGGCGCUUUGUGCGUCCGCGUUCCAGGCGCCGCGCGCAGCGACGCUGCCGCGCGUCGCGCGCGCCGCCGCCGCGGACAAGGACGCGGGUGCGUACCGCGAGCUCUACGAGAAGGCGGAGUACGAGCGGCAGCGCGCCGCCAAGGCGGGCAAGCGCUACCAGAUCAUCGCGAGCCCGGCGACGGAGGCCAUGGCGCGCGCCAUCGAGGCGUCGCAGCCGGACCGCUUCCACUUCCACGAGAGCUCCUGGGACAAGUUCCCCGACGGCACGGACAAGAUCGUCGUCGGCGGGUUCAGCCCGAGGAACCUCAUCGCCGGCGAGCACGUGCUCAUGCUCUGCUCCUUCCACGACAACGACGUGACGCUCUCCCAGUUCCAGGUCAUGGUCAUGCUGCUCCAGGGCUUCAUCAAGUCGCUGACCAUCGUGCUCCCCUUCUACCCGACGGGGACCAUGGAGCGCGUCGUCCUCGAGGGCGAGGUCGCGACGGCGAACACGUACGCGCAGCUCUUCUCGGCGCUGCCGUCCUGCGG